AUGCCUUGCAAUGCAGUUGCUGGACCGGUGCUGCGUCACACUAGUCCCUGCCAGCGCCCUGACCUGUCCAAGGAGGUGCUGCUGUCAAUCGCGCGCGACGAGGAGAAGCGCGCGGUGGUGGAGACUUCCUUGGCGCGCGACAGCAGCUUCCAUGGACGUACGGCGCUGGGCUCAGAGCCGGCCACGCUUAUUUUGUUUCCUCACGUCAGUGCUCAGAAUUUCAGAUUACUGUUGCCCUGGAAUCCAGAAUCCAUUCCUGUGUACUCAGCCAUGGCCACGGCCUGCAGCGUGGUGUUGCUAUCCCCUCCCUCCUACUGCCCGUGCUCUGGGGUUCGGCCGGAGAAGUUGGAGCUUCCGUCGCGCGAUAAUGGAACCCAAGCUAUUCAAAGCAUCAAGGCUGCUGCUGUGACUGAACCUGAGGAUGAGCUUGCUGUGUUACUGAGAAGCGCAGUGAUGGAAGACAACACAGUGAUAAUGACCUUCACGAACAAGGCUUGGACGGCGUCUGGCUCGCUGCUGGAUCUCUUCAUGGAGAGCUUCCGUGAAGGGGACAAGACGGAGCCCCUGCUGAAGCACCUCAUCAUCGUGGCCGUCGACGACAAGGCCUUCGAGCAGUGCAAGCUGGUGCACCCAUUGUGCUACUUCCUCGAAGUGGGCGGCGUCAACCUGACGAGGGAGCAGGCGUACAUGAGCAAGGACUACCUGGAGAUGAUGUGGGCGAGGAACAAGUUCCAGACCCGUGUCCUGGAGCUCGGCUACGCCUUCCUCUUCACGGACAUGGACAUCCUGUGGUUCCGAAACGCUCUGCUGCACGUCCCCGUGGGCGCCGACAUCACCAUCUCCAGCGACAAGUACCUCGGCGACGACCCGUAUGACCUGGAGAAGAACGCCAAUGGCGGGUUCGUCUACGCCAGGCCGAACCCGAGGACGAUUGGCUUCUUCAAGGGUUGGUACCAGGCGAGAUCUGGGCGCAUGAACGAACAAGCCGUGUUUGACAAGAUGAAGCGUGAGCUGUCGCUGCAGCACGGCGUGGAGGUGCACUUCAUUGAUACGGCCUACUGCGGCGGCUUCUGCCAGCCCAAGAAGGACUUCCGCCGGCUCUGCACGUUCCACGGAAACUGCCUCAGAGGGCUGAGCCUGAAGCUGGAGCGUCUCCGGGGCGUCAUGGGUGAGUGGAAGCAGUUCAAAAUUGCGAGGCAGGAGGAGCUUGCCAAUAAAAACAAGACUUUAUCGGCAUGA